CAAAAUGGAAGAGAAGGGUCUUAAUCUCAGAUAUCAUGAUCAAAGAAAUCUUGUUUCUAUUUUUCUAUUGAUUCCAAGAUAAAAGAGAAAGUUCUUUUUCUCUCAGUUUUUUCUAUCAAGAUCAAAGAAAUCUUUUUUAAGUGGGAAGAAAACCAAAGAAAUGAGGAAUUCAAAUCCUUCUUCUUCUUCUUCUUCUCCUGUGACUAUUGCUCUUAUACUUUUUCUUAUUCCCAUGGUUGUGUACAUACUCGACCCUGCAAACUCCUCUACUUUCUUUCCUCCUCCUCCUCCUCCUUCUGUUCUUUUGGGUUCUGUGAAGCACAGUCCUAAAGAAUUGCAUGCAAGUUUGGAGAGGGUAUCUGAAGAAUCUCUCUCCCUUUCUGCUGCUAAUUCCUCCUUCAACGGCUCUCCUCCUCCUUCUCCUCCUCCUUCUGAGGCAGACCUUAUAAAAACAAAGAAACAUGCAUGGCAUAUUUCGCCAACGAGAGCAGUUGAAGAAUGUAGCAUACUAGAUAAGGUCGAAGCGGGCCUUGCAAAGGCACGAGCGGUGAUAAGAGAAGCUGCCUUGAAUGGGAAGCUGUUAUCAUCACCUGAACCAGACCCGGACUAUGUUCCACGGGGCCCAAUUUACAGGAACCCCCAUGCGUUCCAUCGGUACAAUUUCCAUUGCACUCAACAUCUUUCCUUUUUUUAUUUUUUAUUUAUUUUUAUGCUCAUAGAUGUUUUCCCCUUCUUGUUUUACGAAAUUUUGAUUCUUUUCUUGAAAUCGAGUCCAGACCAAUUCUCCUCUAGCAAUAUAUUCCUUGGCUUUUGUUAUAUGUGUGGGUAUGCGGGUGCAUGUGUGUGGUAGGCCACUUGAUCCUAGCACAAAAGUGAAGUCCAUUGGAUUAUUCUAUCGUUUGAUCAAUUGUCUAACUUUUGGACCCUCAUCCAUAGCUCAAGUGGCAGACUGAGUGAAAGAUACCUCGUUUCAACACUUGAGGUCUUGGUAUCGAUCCCUAGUGGGUGGCUAACAGUGAAGUAUCAACUGACAGUGGGGUGUACUAAUAAGCUAAC